GCCUCUCCCUCGUUCCGUCCUUUGCAAAAUUGCUGCUGGUGGGGGGUAAGGCAGGAAGAAAAUGCCGCAACUCAAUGGCGGUGGAGGGGACGAUUUGGGGGCGAACGACGAACUGAUCUCUUUUAAAGACGAAGGGGAGCAAGAAGAGAAGAUCUCGGAGAACUCUUCGGCAGAGAGGGAUUUAGCGGACGUCAAGUCGUCUCUGGUCAAUGAAUCAGAAACUAAUCAAAACAGCUCCUCCGACUCGGAGGCGGAGAGGCGGCCUCCACCUAGGUCCGAAAGUUUCAGAGAUAAAUCCAGAGAAAGUUUGGAGGAAGCUGCGAAAAGGCAAGAUGGAGGGUUGUUUAAGGGCCCACCAUACCCUGGGUAUCCCUUUAUAAUGAUUCCCGACCUGAGCGGCCCUUACCUCCCCAAUGGAUCCCUUUCGCCCACGGCGAGAACGUAUCUCCAGAUGAAAUGGCCGUUGCUGGAUGUCCAGGCCGGAAGCCUACAGAGCAGACAAGCCCUUAAAGAUGCCAGGUCCCCAUCUCCAGCUCACAUUGUGUCUAACAAAGUCCCAGUUGUGCAACAUCCACACCAUGUACAUCCUCUUACACCGCUUAUUACAUACAGCAAUGAGCACUUCACGCCAGGGAAUCCUCCUCCCCACUUACCAGCCGAUGUAGAUCCCAAAACAGGAAUUCCACGGCCUCCACAUCCUCCAGAUAUAUCUCCUUAUUAUCCACUAUCACCGGGCACUGUAGGGCAAAUUCCCCAUCCGCUAGGAUGGUUAGUACCACAGCAAGGUCAGCCAGUCUAUCCAAUCACAACUGGAGGAUUCCGACAUCCCUAUCCCACUGCUUUAACAGUCAAUGCUUCCAUGUCAAGCUUUAUCUCCUCUAGGUUCCCUCCACACAUGGUCCCUCCACAUCAUAGUUUACAUACAACUGGGAUUCCUCAUCCAGCAAUAGUCACCCCAACAGUCAAGCAAGAAUCUUCUCAGAAUGAUGUUGGCUCACUCCAUAGCUCAAAACAUCAAGACUCCAAAAAAGAAGAGGAGAAAAAGAAACCACACAUAAAGAAACCUCUUAAUGCGUUUAUGUUGUAUAUGAAGGAAAUGAGAGCGAAAGUUGUAGCAGAAUGCACGUUGAAAGAGAGUGCUGCCAUCAAUCAGAUUCUUGGUCGAAGGUGGCAUGCACUAUCUAGAGAAGAACAAGCAAAAUAUUAUGAAUUAGCCAGAAAGGAACGACAACUUCACAUGCAGCUUUACCCCGGCUGGUCCGCACGGGAUAACUAUGUAGGUGGCUAUGGAAAGAAGAAGAAGAGGAAAAGGGACAAGCAGCCAGGAGAAACCAAUGAACACAGCGAAUGUUUCCUAAAUCCUUGCCUUUCACUUCCUCCGAUUACAGACCUGAGCGCUCCUAAGAAAUGCCGAGCGCGCUUUGGCCUUGAUCAACAGAAUAACUGGUGCGGUCCCUGCAGGAGAAAAAAAAAGUGCGUUCGCUACAUACAAGGUGAAGGCAGCUGCGUCAGCCCACCCUCUUCAGAUGGAAGCCUACUAGAUUCUCCUCCAUCUUCUCCUAACAUGGUAGCCUCCCCCACAAGAGACUCAAAACCACAGACUGAACAGACCCAGCCUCUCUCGCUUACAUUGAAACCUGAUCCAUUGGCACACCUUUCAAUGAUGCCACCUCAGCCAUCCUCCAUAAUCCUGACUGAAAGCUCAACUGGCAAAUCCAAUGGUCUGCCUGCUAGUAAUUGUCAGAACGGGGCACUGGACCAUCAGUCAGCCACUCUACAGCAAUCAGCACCUUCGUUAGCUCAACCAUCAACAUCCUCUUUGCAUUCCCAUAAUUCUUUGGCUGGGAGUCAACCUCAGCCCCUGUCACUUGUAACUAAGUCUUUAGAAUAGCUUUAGCUUCUGAGUGUUCUUUUUAUUUUCAUUUUUGUGUCAGGAUUUUUUUUCUCUCAUUUGUAUUUUUUUUUUAAAAAAAUGGUGCCAUAUGGCUGGCUACAUUAGUUAAUGUCAAUCAAGUUCAUUGGUCAAUAUUUGACCCAUUGUUAUUUCAUUUCUUUUUCUUUUUAAAUAUGUAGAUGGAAAAGAAAGCCUCAUGAUUCUGCCAAAAUUUUUAUCAACAGCUGUUUAAAGUCUUUGUAGCGUUUAAAAUAUUAUAUAUAUAUAUAUACAUAUAAAUAUAUAUAUACAUAACUGUUAUGUAGUUCCAAUAGUUUAAUUUCAAAGAACUGAUUUUAAAAAUGAAAAAAGAAGCAAUUUUGAAGCAGCCUUUGUUGAAGGCGUUGGUUCUUUAUUAUUUGUAUUAAAUACGAGCUUGCGAACCAAUCAUUUUACAUCUGGUUUUUAAAAAAAAUUUAAAGGCACAAUGAAUGCAGUGCCACUAAUUUUUUCUCAUUUUUUUUCGUUGUGUGAUACAACUUUUCUUGUGAUGUUACUUGUUAUUGUUUAAAUGUACAGAAACAAAGGUUAAAAUGUGUUAAUAUGCAUUGUUCCAUGGUGUUGUCCUUUUUGGGGGAGGGAAUGCUACUCAAUUAAAAAGUAUCACAACGCUAUUGGACCAGUAGUAUUUAUUGCUUUAGAAAUUGCUUGUUACCUGUAUGUUGUCCAUUUUUUAAAUGUUUUCCUUUUCCCCCCUUCAGAUGUUUUGUAAAGUUUUUUUUCCUUUUAGUGUACACACCAUAUAUAUAAAACAACCCAUUUGUACAAGGUUUUUAAGUUUAUGUAUAAAUGUUAUAUAUAUUUUUGUUUAUUUCUUUUUGUUUUAUUUACUUUAAUUCUUUAUUUUGUUUUCUAUCACGCAGUUGCCACCAAAUGGACAUUUGCAGAUGGAUCAAUAGUAUGUAUGUGUGUGUAUAUAAAGCUUUUAAAUUAAGCUUUAAAGCCAUUACAUGAAAUAAGACUUGAAAAUUUAGCACAGAACUUUUUUGUGAUGCUGUUGGAAAUGCAGCAGUGUCUCCUUUUGGAAUACAAAUAAAUUUCCCUGCCAGUUGUAGGCUGUGAGCAAAACUUUAUGUGCCAAAAUUCUCAGUGAUUUUUGUCUUUCCACAACAACUUUUUUACACUGUAUUUUUUUUCUUCAUCCUGUUUUGCUGUGAUGUUACAUAGGUAGAUAUGUACGUAGUUUUUAAUGUCACCUAUUACAGAUGUGUUUGGUAGCAGAUUGUCCAGAAAGCAUUUAAAAAUGAAGAGGUAUAAACCCUAAAGGGCCAAAUUCUGUAUAUUAGACUGUUCAUAAAAGGAAAAAAAAUCAGACUGCCACUUCUAUGUACACUUAACUACAUACAGGUAGGUAGCAAAGUUUAAAAAAAUCCUAGGCAUGUUGAUGUUGCAAAAAAAAAUUUUUUUUAAAGAUAAAAUGCUGUAUAAAGCUGAAAGAAAUGUUCAUCUGUUCAUCCAGUGCCAUUGUAGUUGACAUGAAGCUAUUGUAAAACUGUCUCCAGUUUUCUUCUCUGGUUUAUUAAAGAUGCUAACUAUGACAUAUUUUUUUGGCGGGGGGAGGGAUCCUUUGAAUGUUUUCUAACAGUUGUGAUGUUACUGUUCCGUUUUAUUGCUCUUAUUCCAAUUUUUCAUUUUAAUGGUUUGGAAGCCAUUUUUGUAAUGAAUAAAUGUCCAUGCUGUACAGUAUCUGUAGCAUGCAGUUCUGGAUUAAUAAAAGCAACUUAGUAUGUGCAGA